AUUCUCUAUCAUAAUCCAAACAAUGAAAAUUCAAAGACAAAACAUUAGAUGAUUGCAGAAGAGUACAAGCACCUUCGCCUUGACUUUCUUCCAAAUUUCCCAAACAGAAACAUCAUCAAUACACUUAUUGUUGUUGCAAGCAGUAGUUAAAUCUGAAGGAUUUCAAGCAUACCACCGUUGCUACUGAUCCAACCCAACAAUUAUAAGCAAAAUUUGCAUAAAACACAGUGUGUGUACUCAGCGAUGGAGAACAGAGGCGCGGAGGAUGCCGGAGAGCCAAAAAUUCAGAAAUUUGAAAUGGAUUCGGAGGGAAAAGAUGAGCUGAGCAGCAAUCGGAAUAAUAAAACGAAGCCGAAGAAGAAAAGGCACUCCUGGAUCCCGAGAUUUCCGUGUACCAGAUUAGACGACGACGAUGACGACGUUGUGGUUGGGGAGAAGCCGGAUGCCGGAGGUUUGGAAGUCUCUAAUGCGAAGGAUCAGUCGGCGGCGCAUCUGAUUGUUAUGGUUAAUGGAAUUAUUGGAAGUGCUCAAGACUGGAGAUAUGCGGCGAAGCAUUUUGUGAAGGCGUAUCCUAGUGAAGUCGUAGUGCAUUGCAGUGAAGCCAAUUCUUCAAUGUUGACACUGGAUGGAGUUGACGUUAUGGGGAAGAGAUUAGCUGAUGAGGUGGUUUCUGUUGUCGGUCGUCAUCCAAAUCUUGAGAAGAUUUCUUUUGUGGGUCACUCCCUUGGUGGCUUGAUAGCAAGGUAUGCUAUUGCGGUGCUUUAUCAACAAGAUUUGACAAGAAAAGAAUCUGAGGAAAAUGGCGAACAUGGAGAAGAAGAGCUUCUUAGCAAAUCCCCUUUAGAAGAGAAAACGAGAGGGAAAAUAGCUGGACUUCAACCUAUAAAUUUCAUUACCUCUGCUACGCCGCAUCUUGGUGCUAGAGGUCACAGACAGAUCCCUGUGCUCUGUGGUUUUACCAGCUUGGAGAAAGCAGCAAUGCAUACUUCAGGUGUACUGCGAAGGACAGGGAAGCACUUAUUCUUGAGGGAUAACGACAAUGGGAAACCUCCACUUCUGCUUCAGAUGGCUGAUGAUUCUGAUGAUCUUAAGUUCAUAUCUGCAUUGGAGUCGUUCAAGAGGCGUGUGGCCUAUGCAAACACCAGCUUUGAUCAUAUAGUUGGUUGGAGCUCAUCAUCAAUACGCCGUUACAGUGAGCUCCCAAAGCGCCGGAAUCUUGUCAAAAUUGCCAAGUACAGAUACAUAUUUGCUGAAGACACAUCAAAAUCCGGCGACAAUCGUGAAGCCAAGGUCUCUAGAAAGAGGAUAAGUGAAAUGGAAGAGGUGAUGAUCCAAGGGCUAACGAGACUCAGCUGGGAGCGAAUUGACGUUGAUUUCAGUACAAGUAUACAAGGGCCUCUCGCUCACACCACGAUUCUGGUUAAAACUUACUGCAUCAACUCUCAUGGAACCAAUGUGAUACAACAUAUGAUCGACAACUUCCAAUUGUAGCAAGUGUUAAUGUUGUUGAAAAGGUAAUUUGUUAUGUGAUGAUCAAAUUAAUUCAUCACUGAGCACAUCUACGUAUAGAUAGUUUAGUUACUAGUUAUUCACGACAUGUAAAAAAUAUAUCCAUAAAAGAGUGUAAAUUUUUUUUCAAAGGAUUUGCUUUAGUAAGAGCUUUGGAAUUAUAUUUGAAAAUUCUGAAUUUUUGUCAUU